AUGAUUUAUAGUGAUAUCAAAUCCUUACUAAUCUGAAAGUUUGAUGAUGAAUCAUUGUCCUGAGGCACUUUUUGGUGCUUUGUUUAUAGUUUUUGUGAUUGGUUGUUUAUGCAUUUGAAUUUGUCUACGCUAUUUCUUUUGUAUUUUGUCUUUGGUACUUUGUUUAUGAGUUGUUGUUAGUGGCUUUCCCUCUGUUGUUUAUGUACUAAGAUUGAUUAAAAGUCUAGUUUCUUUGGAAGAGACUACAAAAUAAUAAAAUAAAAAAUCAGUAAAUUAACACUAUUUAAUAAGCUUACUGUCAUUUUCUAUUGGUACUUAGUUUAGAGUUCAGAGACAAACUGUUAUGGUUUAUUUGCUUUGUGAAAUAUUAAUAAUUCAUGUGGAAGAAGAAAAAUUAAAGCCCCUUGUUUACUGGGGUGGAAAGAAUCUUUAAAGCCUCCUCCUGGGCAGUAGUAGUAACCUUUGAAUAUGUACAAAAAUAUGUGCACCACAUAUAUAUACAUACAUAUAUUUAUAUGUUUCUAUAUAAUGACAAUAGUUCUUUCAAUUCAUUAUAUAUUUUUUUUUUUUAAAAAGAAAGAAUUAAUAAUAAAGAUGCAUUCAUGAAUCCUUGUUAGAUAGAUCAAAUCCCAUGUUACCAAAUUGAACCUCCACAAAAAAUGCAACGUCCAUGAGAGGUGCUUGCUAGCAACAACUUCCAUGAUUCUCAGUUUAGCUGCCCCAAGUAGCUAAACCAUAACAAUUUUCAUUGUUUUCCUCAUCCUUUUUAGCCUCUCCAUUUUCAUUUCACUUCCCCCAAAUCAAUCUCCCACUUUCUCUUCUUUCUUAUUUUCCUAUUUCAUUUAUAAUAAUCUACAAAAGAGAAAAAUCUUUAAUAUUUACCAUCCUUUCUUAUUCUUUUUCUUGCUCUUGUUCUCCUCUGUGUUCUUUCUAGAAUUUGGGUUCAUCAUCAGCUCUACCAACUACAACAAGGGACCCCAUUUUGUUGGUUCAUGGAUCGUCAUUGGAUAAAUAUACCAAAUAAACUUUCAGCAGAAUAUGCUGGUGGAAUGAAUGAAUUCAUUAGUGUUGCAAGACACUCCAUGGACUCCAAUGGGAUGGUUCUAUGCCCUUGUUGUCGAUGCAUGAAUAAGAAAUCACAAUACAUGCAUGUGAUAAAGUUGCACUUGAUCACUCAUGGAUUUCUUAGUACUUACACAAGGUGGUAUCACCAUGGUGAGAAAGUAGAGGAAGUAUAAGAUGAUGGAUUAUUUGAUACCGAGGAUAAUGUCGAAGAUUCGGAUCAGAGUGAUGAUUUGGCGGCAGGUCUUCAUGAUGCUAUUGGUAGUAAGUAUUUUAACAUUGGUCCAACUAGUGACUUCAAUGAUGAAUCUCCACUUAAUGUGGAUGACAAGUAUGAUGCAUUGUUUGAGUCACUUCAUAAGCCUUUGUACAAUAAUUGUAAAGGUUUCUCUGUCUUAAGCGCGGCGGUGAAGUUGAUGAAUCUCAAUGUGCUUAAUAAAUGGACAGAUAAAUCAUUCGACGGUCUUUUGGAGUGUUUGAGAGAGAUAUUGCCCGAGGGUAAUCAGUGCCCAGGGAAUUAUUACCAGACAAGUAAGCAUCUUUGUGAGGUGGGCUUAGGCUAUGAGAAAAUUGGUGUUUGUCAAUACGAUUGUGCAUUGUUUUAUGGUGAGAAUGCAAAUGCAGUGUCAUGUCCUGUAUGCAAGUCUAGUCGUUAUGUACGAAAUCAAAUCCCACAUAAACGACUUAGAUGGUUCCCAAUCAAGGCACGGCUUAAGAGAAUGUUUAGUUCGAAGCACACUUCUAAAGAUAUGCGAUGGCAUAAAGAGGUACGAAAAAAUGAAGCUGGGAUUUUACGUCAUCCUGCUGAUGGGGAUGCUUGGAAGCAUUUCGACAAUGUGUAUCCUGACUUUGCAGCUGAUUCUAGGAGUGUACGAAUGGGGUUGGCGUCAGAUGGGUUUAACCCUUUCUCUAAUAUGACAUCAACCUAUAGUUUGUGGCCAGUGAUAUUAAUUCCGUACAAUAUGCCACCCUGGGCUUCUCCUAAUGGAACAAACUAUCUCAUGUCUUUGUUAAUUCCAGGCCCUAAAUCUCCUAGAAAAGAUUAUGAUGUGUUCUUGAUGCCAUUAAUUGAAGAGCUUAAAGAGCUCGGGCCAUUAUAUGAUAAAAUGAUGGAGUUAAGGGGUCAACAUCCUCCAGAAGAACUGUCUGAUAAAGAGAUUAUGGAGUGUGUACUUGGACGUGAUUCGGUAUACUUACGAGGGUGGGGGCGGUCUCCUAGUGUCACAACUUCUACUUCACAUCGUGAAAAUAUUGUGGGUAAUCAACCAACUUAUGAAGAGUUACUUGAACGACUUAAUGAUACAACUUCCUGCCUUAAUGCUACUAACGAACAACUUAGUGUAGUUGUGGAUAUACUUCGUCAUAACAAUUUGAUGGCACCGCCUCCACCACCUCCAACAGACCAAGCUUCAGAUGAAAAUUUAAGAGAGUCGCCAUCUAUUUCAGUUCGGGAGUCACAAGAUGAUUCUUAGUUUAUUUACAUUAAUUUACUAAGGAAUGAACUUUAUGAAGUUUUUUUUAUUUUGGUAGGGGUAACCUUAAAAUGAUAACUUUAUGACUUAUUUUAGUAUUGAACAUUAUAAAGAAUUUUAGCAUUAAACAUUUUAUUAUUGAAUGAUU